GUCUUCAUCUUCUUCAAUCUCUUUUUAUAUAUAGAGAGGUCAGAAUGACAAUCAUUUCUUUAUGCACCAAAAACCUAAUCCACAUCUGUAUACUUACCCUUCUAUUUUUGCUUUGUGCAAUUUGCCAAGAUUCUCCAAGUCCAUCACCAUUACCUUCAACUCCUUUAAUACCAAAAAUUCUAAAUUUCUCAGACCAAAGACUUGCUGUAGUAUACCCUAUUAUCCAAACAUUCAAAAACUCUAUCACUUCAGAUCCUUUUAAUAUCACUCAAACAUGGGUAGGCCCAGAUAUAUGUAACUACAAAGGCUUCUACUGUGAUCACCCACCUGAUAAUAUCUCUGCUACUGCGCUUGCUGCCAUUGAUUUUAAUGGAUUCCGGCUAUCUGCCCCUAGUCUUGAUGGAUUCAUUGAUCAACUUCCUGAUCUUGCAAUUUUCCAUGCAAAUUCCAACAAUUUUUCUGGUACCAUAUCGCCAAAACUAGCAGAUUUACCAUUUCUUUAUGAACUGGACUUGAGCAACAAUUUUUUCUUUGGAAAUUUUCCUAUGGCAAUUCUUAGCAUCACUGGUUUGUCAUUUUUAGACAUAAGAUUCAAUUUCUUUACUGGGUCAGUUCCUCCUCAAAUUUUCACUCAACGACUUGACGUGUUGUUCCUUAAUAAUAACAAUUUCAUGCUAAAACUACCUGAAACUCUAGGCGCAACUCCAGUUCUUUACCUCACCUUAGCUAAUAACAAAUUCACAGGGCCAAUCCCAAGAAGCAUUUUGAACGUUUCGUCAACGUUAACCGAAGUUUUACUCUUAAACAACCUGUUGACAGGUUGCAUUCCAUAUGAAUUAGGGUUCUUGAAAGAGCUAGUUCUAUUUGAUGCUAGUAAUAACUUGUUGACAGGUCCUUUACCUUGCUCUUUAGGUUGCUUAACCAAGAUUGAACAGUUGAACCUCACCGGAAAUUUGUUGUACGGCCAAGUGCCGGAGGUGGUGUGUGCAUUAGAGAAUUUGGCAAAUUUGUCACUUUCAAAUAAUUAUUUUACGAAGGUAGGGCCAUUGUGUUGGAAGCUAGUGAAAAGUGGAGUUCUUGAUAUUAGACAAAAUUGCAUUCUUGGUCUUCCUAAUCAGAGGUCAUUUCAUGAGUGUUUUAUCUUCUUCUUGCACCCUAGGUAUUGUCCAUACCACCCUACUUUGUUGAAUUUCAUUCCUUGCAAAGUUCAUCAGCCAAUUCAUCCAUAUAUGGGUCCAAAGAGAAAUUUUACUAGUUAUAAAGCUCUUUUGAGACACAGAUUGUGAAGAAUACACACAUAUAUAUAUUGGAAAUUUUCAGGUGGAAGUUUGUGAUUUUUUUUUUAUUCAAGUGAAAUAUUUAAAAGGAUGAGGGGUUCUUACACUACUGACCUAACCAUGUUUUGGUAAAUUAUAUGGUAAUAUAUGCUGGUCUUUGUAAUUGUAUACAUAUACGAAUUACUAUAAGUGGUUGAGUGGAGGUUUUAUGUGGAUAUAUAUGAGUUAUAUUAAACGGGAAUUUCCCCAUAUGUAUAAAGAAAAAUCAUAAUUACAAAUUAUUCAAAUAUUUUUGAAUUU